UAGUGUCGGCGUCACCUCCAGGUGGUCACAGAAUGACACCAUCCGGACACUUGUUUAUCAACACGAGUGGUGGUGACCCUGGAGGACGUCUGUGCUUGUUAGACAGUUUACAGGCAACAUAUUGACUUAUAAUGGGUUGUGAUGGCGGAACGAUCCCCAGGAGGGACGAACUGGUGAAGACGAAGAAGAAACCUGAACAGAAAGACAAGAACUCUGAGCGUCUGUACAGAUGGCGACACUGUUCAAUAUCACAGACUCCCUUGAAGAAACCUAUUGUUGCCUGCGAAAUAGGUCGCAUGUAUAACAAAGAAGAGGUUCUUACUAGGCUAUUAGACAGGUCAGCUGAACCUGGUAUGUCACACAUAAAAGGAUUAAAAGAUAUUAAGGAGCUGAACUUGACGCCCAACCCUGGCUACAUCCAUGAGGGAGCCAAUAAGGGGGAUGCCUAUACUGAUCAUCAGGCAGCAGAGUUUAUUUGUCCUGUCACCUCCCUGGAGAUGAAUGGCAAAUAUCAUUUCUCCUUUGUGUGGAGGUGUGGCUGUGUGGUCUCUGAGCGAGCACUGAAGGAGGUCAAGUCAGAUGUGUGUCACAAGUGUGGUCAGCCCUAUCAAGAGGAGGAUGUGAUCCCACUCAACCCAUCAGAGGAGGAACACGACGCUGUCAAAGCACGUAUGUUAUCUCGCCGUGCCUUGGCCAAGGCUGCAAAAAAGGCUAAGAAGGAGGGGAAAAGAUCAGCUGAUGGGGAGGAUAAUGAUGCAUCAACAUCCAGCAGCAGCAAAGGAAAGAAAGCUGUAAAAUUGUCUGAUGGUGCCAGUUCAAGCAGCGACUGUAGCAAAUCAUCUCUUCGUGUCAAUGGCAUGGCAUCAGCUGUUUUGAGAGAUAAGGAUUUUAAGAACGUUCGAUCUGCAGGAUUCAGUGUUGCUUCAGACCCAAAGGCUUCAGAAGUCUACAAGAGUCUGUUUGACACCCACAAGACGGCUCAGAAGAAGCAGAGUGCUCACUGGGUCACUUGUAACCCUCAGUACUUCUAAGGACAUUACCAUAAUUUAUUGAGCUCUGGCAAAUUUACAAUGGAGUAAAAUGUACUAUAACAGAUCAUUUCUAACAUACAUAUAUUGUGGUAGUUAAGUGCAUUUUACAAUACUGUAUUAACUUUGAUUCCUAUACUUUGUACACCAUUGCACUGUGUUUAAAUAAAAGGGAUGUGGAUUCUUUCAAAUAAAUGUUAUUGAUACUGUAUCUUGAAACGCAUUAAAUUUACGGCAACAGUUGGCUUCUGUUCUCCAUUCUUUUUGUCCAGUACUUUAGAUUAGUAAUUAUUCCAGAAUUGUCAUUAUUAAUUUUCACAUUUUUCUAUUAGUGAGGAAUUUACAGUAGAGUAUGUGUGUUUUCUUUUAUAUUUAGACUAGCUUAUGUUUGUGUACUUUUGAUGCAUUUGAAUACAAACAUACUGUAUGAGUGUAUUUGAUGUGAAAGUUGUCUUUAACACAACAACAUUUAAAACAAUAUAUUUUCAUAAUUAUAUACUGUCAUCGAUAUCAACUUGUAGGUACACAAAUAUUGUACAGUAUAUUCCCAGGUGAAUCUUUACUUAUUGAAAUAUAUGAUAAAGAACAGUACAGUACACAUUAUAUUUGAAUAUAAAUGCUAUUGGAGAUUGAUGUGAAGUUCAGUAAGAGUAAAGUCUUGUAUAUCUUAAAAAUACUAUUUAUUGUUAUGAUGAAUUGUAUUUCUUCAGAUUAUUUUGUAUUCACCAAUAAAGACUUAACAGGUAUAA